AAACCACACAACCCUUUUCCGAGUCUAACAACAAAAAAAAUCCCAUCUCGCUUCACCCAUGCUCCUCCUCGCUCCCUCACCAGCGGCGGCGGCGGCCGCCGCUCGCCGGAGGAAGGUCGGUGGAUCAGCCCUCCGCGUCCGCUGCUCGAGCGUGCGGGAACUGGAGAGAUCCCCGAACCCUCGUCCGGGGGAGCGGCUGCCGCCGCUGCGGGAGGCGAAGCGGGUGGUGCUGGUGCGGCACGGGCAGAGCACCUGGAACGCGGAGGGGCGGAUCCAGGGGAGCUCCGACAUCUCCGUGCUAACGCCCAAGGGCGAGUCGCAGGCGGAGACCUCCCGCCUCAUGCUCCUCUCCGACUCCUUCGACGCCUGCUUCACCAGCCCGCUCGCCCGCUCCCGCCGCACCGCCGAGAUCAUCUGGGCCGACCGCGACGACGACCUCAUCCCGGACUCUGACCUCCGCGAGAUCGAUCUCUACUCCUUCCAGGGAUUGUUGAAGAAUGAAGGGAAGGAGAGGUAUGGAGUUAUCUACCGGCAGUGGCAGAAGAACGCGGCCAACUUCAGCAUUGAUGGGCACUACCCAGUGCGGGAGCUCUGGGACCGCGCACAGAACUGCUGGGAGAGGAUCCUGGCACAUGAGGGCAAGUCGGUGCUUGUUGUUGCACAUAAUGCAGUGAACCAGGCUCUUGUUGCCUCUUCGUUGGGACUUGGCACAGAGUACUUUCGGAUUCUACUUCAGAGCAAUUGUGGUGCUAGUGUGCUGGAUUUCACCCCUCAGGCUGGUGGAGGGCCUCCAGCUGUAUGCCUUAACCGCUUAAAUCAGACGCCAAAUUCUCCUGUUGCCUCAGGAAGUUCUGCAGGGAGAAAGACAAGCAAGAGGAUUAUCCUAGCAUGUCAAGGAGCUACACAGAACAGUGCAGAGAUUGGUGUCAGUGGAAUGGGGUAUGCACCGCUUAACAUGCUUGGGAUUAUACAGUCUCAGAAGACUGCAGAACUACUUUUAGAUCAAAAGGUAAAUGGUAUUCUCUGUAGCCCACAAGUUGCAGCAUUUGAUACUGCUACUACUAUAUGCGAGGUUCAAGAGGCUGCAGAUUGCUUAGGUGCUGACUGUGUGCCUCGUUAUGUGGAAAUGAAGAAACUGCUAGAACUAGAAAUUGAUGAUGCCUUCCAAACAAAGCAAAAGAGCUUUGGAGAAAUAGCUCAGUCUGGGUGGCUGGGCAGCAUGGAAUACAAAACUCUGGAGGGGCUAUGGAACCAGUCGAAAGCUGCAUGGCAAGCCUUGCUAAAUGAGUUGCAAGAUGAUACUUCAGAAAGAAUUCUGGUGGUCGUAGGACAUCCGGGUAUAAAUCUAGCAUUGAUUUGCAGGUGUCUGGAUUUAACGAUGGACUACAUGUCAUCUUUUCAUCUAGACGAUGGCAGCAUCAGUGUGAUCGAUUUCCCAGAUGGACCAAAAGGAAGAGGUGUUGUCAGAUGCACAAAUUACACAGCCCAUCUAGGAAGAUGGUCAAUACCUAUUACCAGGACCAUGGAAACUGAUGAAGAGUUCUAACUUCCUGCAAGGUAAUGUUCUGGUGUAACAUCCUUCAGGAAAGCUAAGUAUGUCAAUAUCUUAUACUGAUGUACAUACUGGCAUCUUGAUUAAUAUCUGUAGAUCUGAUAUGUAAAUAGCAUCCUUCUUUCAAACAAAAGGAAUAUGUAAAUAACCUUUUUUUCUGAAGCUAAACAGUAAAAGUAUCAUACUGUUUAUAUGUAAACAUCAUUUCAUAUCCACCA